GCGAACAUGUCCGACGGUCAUAUUUUUCGGUAAGUUCCGCUCGUACUCUAUGAUAUAACUCCGCUAGUUGCAGCGUGCACAGGUCUACUGAUUGAACAUAUAGCCCUACUCAAUAACGAUUUUAUUUGGCCAUUUUAUUUCGUGACAGUUCGUGCUAAUGCCUCCGAAAUAAAAUGCCAAUGAAAUGAACAAGCGACACGUUCGGCACGCACAUAGUGGCGCUUGAAAUCUGCUAAGCGAGGCGCAGGCGUUUGGACUGUGCUCACCGGCGCAUGCGUCGUCGAAACACGUUCACGCCACCAUGGCAGAUAGUUCCCCGCACGCCAUAACGUUUCUCGAAGCACUCGCUGUCAUCCUACUGGCCGAUGCAGAGACACCGGAUGACCAACUAUUUGCAGCCACAAUUUCACUGCAAGCACUCGAUGCGAAACAACGAGGCGCUAAGUAUGGACCACGCGGGCCAUAUGACCAACAGAAAGCAGAACAAUUCUUCGAGCUGUUCCAGUCUCUGAGGCUGGAGAAUGAACGAUGGCCACUCUGGCAUCAUGGGAAGGUCCCAUAUCUGCCCCAUCGACUGAUCGUACAUGGGCAGCAUAUUUUCUGGGGUGUUGUGGUGACCGUAUGUGCUUUCUUGCUGGUCCAUGUUGGCAUCAGUGUUUGCGAUGUUGAGCACUCGUACUUAGUUGCACCCAGUCGGCAUUUCGGCAGCUCUCUCUCAUAUCAAACUCCGUACUCGAUACAGUAUGCCGAGUGCAAAAUAAAAUGGCAAAUAAAAUGACUACUCAAUAACCGGCGGCGAGCGCCAGUCCCCGACUCCGAUACUCCGAUAAUACCUUGAUCGUUUCUUGUACU